AUGUUCUUCCCGGAUUACACCGAGUUUAUAAAGGCCUACUACCGCAGUGGCUGCAAUCCCGAGAAGAAGCCAACAUGGGGACACAUCAAGACUGAACUGGGAUUCUUGCCUCGACCCGUCCAUGCCAAGGCCUUUGAGAUGGAGGGUCUUAACCCAGCCAGUCAAGCCACCCAAGUUGGCGACCCACCAGCUCAAGCAAUCAUGUGGUUUAACCCAAUGCGCCGGCCACUAGGCGGUUCUCCUGUCCCCGGCGUGUCCCCCGCGUGA